AUGGGAACUUGCUCUGAAUAUUUUGAGAAAUUCACAUGGAGAAUUGAAGAUUUCUCUAAAAAGAAUGGCAUGAAAUUUAAGUCCAAAUACUUCAAAAUCCGUGGUUAUACAUGGAGGAUCCUUGUUCACCCACUAAGGAAGGAUGUUGAUCAUUUUACAUUUUAUUUAAUGGUUGCUGAUUCUUUACCACCAUAUGGAUGGAAUAGAGACACUUUUUUCAAGUUGGUUCUAAUUAAUCAGCUUGAUAAGAACAAGUCCAUUGUAAAAGAAACUCAACAAAAGUUUAAUGGAGGACAUAGAUGUUGGGGUUCAUUUUUCCUAAAUCUCAAAGACUUCAAUGAUCAUAAACAAGGUUAUCUUGUAAGGGACACAUGCAUAAUUGAAGCUCAUAUUUGUGUCUCCAAUUUUACACCCAAAAUUCAUGACAUCAAUUCUUUGAACCCAAAUUCUACUGACCAAUCCUCCGAUGCAAGGGAAACGGUUUGUCCAAGAACAUCGGCUUCUACUUCGAGUCCAAGAACAUCUAGUUCCGAUUUAUCACUAAGAGAACUUCUAGAUUUGGAAAAUUUAAAACCCGAAGAAAAAUGUUUUGUUCCACUUUUAGAUGAAAUUUGCACGUGGCGUCCGUCUUUGAUAGAGACUUUGAUGAAAAAAUCUCCAUUGUUUCGACAAUGGGCAUUAACGUCGUUAGGUCAAGUAUUACAUUUUCUUAAGACGAAGAAAGUGAAAGAUAUGAAUGAAGAUGAUGUCGAGAAAAUUAGAAGUUUGUGGGAGGAACUUGAGAAAUCGUCGGAAUUGGACUUGAGUUGGUUAGAGCCUUAUGUUCAAUCUGCUUUAGGUGUGAAAUCUCAUAUAGAGAGAGCAAAGAAAUUGAAAAAACUAAAGGAUAAAGUUGUUGCUUUGGAUAUAAAAAUGAAGAAGCUUAGGGAUGAAUUGGCUGCUUCACAAGCACAGUAUGCGAUUGCAAGGAAAGGCUUAUCAGAAGUAAGAAGUGGUUUCCAAGAAAUGAGUAUUAAUGCUCCAAUUGGUUAUACAAUGUUAUAG